GUGAUGACAGUGACAUACACCAACCGUGUGGCCGAUGCCCGCCUAGGCACCUUCUCCCAGCUCCUGCUCCAGUGGAAAGGCAGUAUCUACAAGCUCCUCUACUCCGAGUUCCUGAUUUUCAUCUCCCUCUACUUCGCCAUCAGUCUUGUCUACAGGCUGAUCCUCAGUGAAAGCCAAAGGCUGAUGUUUGAGAAGCUGGCGCUCUACUGCAACAGCUAUGCCGAGCUAAUCCCCGUGUCCUUCGUGCUGGGUUUCUAUGUGGCCCUGGUGGUGUCCCGCUGGUGGGCUCAGUACGAGAGCAUCCCCUGGCCCGACCGCAUCAUGAACCUGGUCUCCUGCAACGUGGACGGGGAGGACGAGUACGGGCGGCUCCUGCGCCGCACGCUGAUGCGCUACAGCAACCUGUGCAGCGUGCUCAUCCUGCGCUCCGUCAGCACCGCCGUCUACAAGCGCUUCCCCAGCAUGGAGCACGUCGUGAGGGCAGGUCUCAUGACCCCAGAAGAGCACAAGAAAUUCGAGAGUUUGAAUUCCCCCCACAACAAGUUUUGGAUCCCUUGCGUGUGGUUCUCCAACCUCGCGGUGAAGGCGAGGAACGAGGGGAGGAUCCGUGACAGCGUGCUGCUCCAGGGCAUCCUGAACGAACUCAACACCCUGCGCAGCCAGUGCGGGCGGCUCUAUGGCUACGACUGGAUCAGCAUCCCCCUGGUCUACACUCAGGUGGUGACCGUGGCUGUUUACAGCUUCUUCCUGGCCUGUCUGAUCGGGCGGCAGUUCCUGGAUCCGGAAAAAGCAUAUCCUGGCCACGAGCUAGACCUCUUCGUGCCAGUCUUUACGUUUCUGCAGUUCUUCUUCUACGCUGGCUGGUUAAAGGUGGCCGAACAGCUCAUCAACCCUUUUGGGGAGGAUGAUGAUGACUUUGAGACCAACUGGCUCAUCGACAGGAACCUGCAGGUGUCCCUGAUGGCAGUGGACGAGAUGCAUCAGGAUUUGCCCAUCCUGGAGAAGGACCUAUACUGGAACGAGCCUGACCCCCAGCCGCCUUACACCGCAGCCACCGCAGAGUACAAGCGCCCAUCGUUCCUUGGCUCUACUUUUGAUAUCAGCAUGCAGAAAGAAGAGAUGGAGUUCCAGCCCCUGGAGCAAAUCAAAGAGAACGAGGAGGCGAACCACUCCACGCCACUGCUGGGCCACCUGGGCCGUCUCCUCGGCGUGCAGUCACCCAGCUUCUCCAGGUCCUCCUCCCGGAUGAACCUGCUGCGCCGGCGAGGGGAGCCCACCUCCCCCUUCUCCCAUUACGCCUACCAAGACACGGGCAAGGCCGUCCCCUCCCCGAGGGGGGACACCAACCCACAGGAGCAGUGGGAUGGGGACGAUGGGAAACUGAGGGAGUUCGAUGCCUUCAUGUCCACCCCGUUUUACGAGAGACCCGGCUUCUACAGCGCACCGCAGACGCCGAUCAGCUCCAUCCCCAUGAUCUUCCCUUCCCGGCGCCAGGGCCGCAAGAAGCCCCCCGCACUCUCCAGCAUCGCUGCCUGCUCCAAUUCCCUCAGGGACGUCAUCGCCAACUCCUCGCCUUCCCGGACGAGCGAUAUGUACAAAAGCCAGAGCUCCCUCGGCUCGGGUACCAAGGAAACCUUUAUUUGGCCGACGGAAAGGAACAAAGGUCCUGACCCGCUGGUUGUAAUGGUGGAAGAAAAAAACAACUCUAACUGUAGAGGCAGAGAAGCUGCCACCACGGGGAGUCCAGAAGCUCUGUCCGCAGCAUCGGACAGCCCUAAAUUCCCCCUCCUGGCAGAGUCCCCCAACCAGGACAAGCAGGGCAACUUCAAAAGCCUGAAGAGCUCGAAAGGCUCCCAGCCACCCUGGCUGACUCUGGAGAACACGACAGCCGCCCCCUGGUCUGAGCAGCUGAGCACCCUGCACCCCCCUGGCACCAAAACGCCCACCAGCAGCCCCCCUCCCUGCUUCUCCUUCACUCCUGUAACGUCUCCAGUGCUGGAGAGGUCCCCCAUGGGGAACGUGGUCCCCGACAGCCUGAGUUCAGAAGACACAAGCAGUGUGACAGACCCGUAUCCGUCAGAGAUUUCCGGGACAAGAGAUUCAGGAAGCAGAAGCACUAAUAAUCCCCCAACAAGAGAGACAAGACGAGUGGAGAGCCCGUCCCCAAAUGAUUCUGGCAUCUCCCUAGGUGACAGUGACUACGUGGGGCUGAUGGAGGUGAUCAUGGAGACUAGUGAAAGCACAUGCGAUGAUCUGAUGGAUCAGUACAGCUAGAGGAGCCCAAAAAACACAGGUCUGUUAAAAUACCUGCCAUCCGAGUGAUACUGCAGUAUCUUCACACCUGGCCCAACAGAAGAGCAGUGCAGCCUAACCCCAAGCUGCUGGAGCAUCCACUGAGAGCACAGCCCAGGUGACUCCCCACUACAGCCCUCAGGUACCACAGCAGGCACACGGUCUCAGUGUUGCAACAAGAAAAAAAGUGAGGAAAAAACCCUACACUUCUACAAAACAAGAGACUUUUGGUGUUAGGCAUUACAGAUGCCUAAACAGCAGAACUGUAGCUGACAGCACCCUGACAACCCUGGAAUUCAGGCAUAGCCCAAAGCAGAAGAGGAAUAUAGCCAGUAACACAUCCUCUCAGCAAGAAUUAGAACCUGAAGUUUACAUUAUUUGCCACAAAGCCCACUACAGGUCUCAUGCAGGACUUGCACUGCUGACAGCUACUCCAGGGAAAGGGACUGAGUCACAGCACUCGUGAUACAGACCCACGGUGCCUCAAAGCCUUACCUAGCCGGUGCUCCCCAGUACUGGGAAAGCAGUGGGAAUCCUCCCUGAAAGCAGUAAUAAAAAAGCCUGAAGUCCAGGACCACUUUUUUUUCUCAUUUCAAUUUCUGUGCAAUAAUAGAAAUUUAAAAGCAAAGCACUGAGGUGUUCCUCUUUUCACAGCUUCAGGAACAGCUGCAGAUCUCCCCACACCACAGGGAACAGAACAAAUUCAGUCCACCUCACAUACUCCCCCCUCUGCCUUUCAGAGGGUUGUUUGGCCUCAGCAGCUGUCACCACCACCCCCAACCAUCUCCCAACAUUGUCCUUUGAGGUAGUUCCUGCUUCACUGUUUCGGUGUAGUUUAGAGCACACAGACAGCUCUCUCCUCCCAGAGAGAUUUCUUCAUGGAAGAGUGCAGUCUGCUGUCAGGCAUGCAUGAUGCUCCAUGAGGCAUUAAUCCCACCCUUCAGCAACUCAGGAAGCCCAGAGACACUAAAACCUCCAUUUCCUUGCAUUACAGUACAAGUUGUAGUGGCAAAAGCAUUUUAGAACAGCUUUAGUUCCUGAGCAAUUCCUGCAGUGGAUACUAAUGGGUGGGAAAGAAAACGAUUUAUAGAAGCGUUAAGGAAGAGUAAGUGCAACCUGAUCCCCCUUAUGCGUUUCUUCAUGCCCAGCUUAGGAUAAUAACUCUCCCAGCAGAGACUAGGGAGCACAACCCUUUCCUUCCAAGAAGGACACAAAGAACCACUUUGAACCAAGUCACUUUAUUGGAUGGAAGGCGAUACACAAAACACAAGAGAAAAGAAGGCUGAUAUUUGGUACAGAGUAAGAGAACUGUUUAUCUAGAUAGCUGAAGAUGCAUGCACUGCUGGACAGUAAAGUAGGAAUCUUCCUGAAACCCACAGGGUGGUGUUCGUGGCAAGACUUCAG